AUGGCAAUCUAUAAUAAAGAAAAAAAUCAAAGCGCAGUAGGAUUAAGUGAUGUUUUUAUGUAAAAUUUAAAAUUGAUCUCACAAGUAUAUUAUUUUAAUUUUAGUGCAUCAGGUAGUGUAAGAUCGACAUCAAUAAUGAAUUUUUAUUGAUAUAUAUUAAAGCAUCCAUCCUUAAUUCUAUUUAUUUUAGGUGA